GAGAGACAGAGAGAGAGAGAGAGAGAGAGAGAGAGAGAGACUUCGCCAACGUUCUCUCCAUCCAGCUCCAGUGCAGCACAGACGCGUGAUAUUUCCAAAAUCUUAAUUGCGUGUGGCUGAGAAGGAGACAAGAAAUAACCUCCUCAGCGCGAGCAGUGAGGCUGACCAGAGCGAUGUAGCGAUCUUUCCAGCUCCGUGAGCUAUGAGCCAGGAGUCCUCCGCCUGCCGCCAGGAUGAUAGAUUGAUGGCGUGACAAGAAAAAGACCGUCAUCAUGUUCUACCACUGCAAUCAACAUUGUACCUAAAGAGUCAUACGGUGGCUUUUGCUGCAAGACACACAUUUUGUGGUUUUCCGAUGCAUGUGAGGCAACCGUAGAUAUCGAUGUCGAUAUGAUAAUCCUUUCCUGUUUGCCUGAGAAUUUCAUCCCGGUGAGAGUGUCCGUCACAUUUUCUGCCAUCUGCACGCCGCCCCCCUACAGUUGACUUCCUCGCAUCUUCUCAACAAGAUCUUAAAACCUCCUCUCCAAGCUGCACCGGUGACCCGUGAAAGAUUAUGAGGCCAAUGUUGGUGCUUCUCCGAUCACAGUUUCUCCUCUGUGCGGUGUGUGUCGGCGUGUGCGUGCUCGGAGCGCUGGGCUCACUCCCUCAAGCUCUGCCAUGGCACGUUCCCUGCCCGGGCCGGUGCGUGUGUCACAUCAAGCCGUGGUUCUCACCGGACUCGGUUUACCACGAGGCGCCGACUGUGGACUGCAAUGACCUGUUGCUGACUGGGCUCCCGUGGCCCCUGCCCUUUGGCACACACACCUUGCACCUGCAGGGAAACAAUCUGUCCGAAAUGGACGCCGGCGUGCUGCACGGGCUCCCCAACCUCACUGACCUUGACCUUUCACAGAACCACUUCAGCCACGUCAGGGCUAUCGCGCAAAACCUUUCUCUGCCCUCUUUGCUGUCUCUACACCUGGAGGAAAACCAUCUGAGCCACCUGCCAGAGGCCUCCUUCUCAUCACUGCUGGCUUUACAGGAGCUCCUUCUCAGCCAUAAUAACUUGUGCUCUAUUGCGCCUGGAGCCUUUACUGGCCUGAGCUCUCUCCUGCGUCUCCACAUCAACAACAAUAGACUCACCACUAUCAAUCCGAUGUGGUUUGGGCCUUUGCAGAACCUAGAGGUUCUAAUGCUUGGAGGAAACCCAGUCGAGACCCUGCCUGAGCAGGGCUUCCUAGCCUUGAAAUCCCUCCGCAGUCUCAUUCUCGGCGGCAUGGGCUUGAGAGGCUUAGCCGAUAAUGCUCUGGAUGGGUUGGAGGGUCUGGAGAGUCUCUCCUUCUACGAUAACCUACUGAUCAAGGUUCCUUCUCGGGCUCUGCGGAGAGUGAAAGGACUGAAGUUUCUGGACCUCAACAAGAACCGAAUCAAAGUGAUCAACACGGGAGACGUCCGAGAUAUGGUCCACCUGAAGGAGCUUGGCCUGAACAACAUGGAGGAGCUGAUGUCCAUUGAGAGAGCGGCGCUAGAGAACCUCCCCGAGCUCACCAAACUGGAGAUCACCAACAACCCGCGACUGUCCUUCAUUCACCCGCAGGCUUUCGCGCAGCUGAGCAGGCUGGAGAGUCUCAUGCUCAACUCAAACUGUCUCAGCACUCUGCACCAUCGCACCAUGAGCUCCCUGCCCAGACUCCAAGAGGUCAGCCUGCACUCCAACCCACUGCGCUGUGACUGCCUGUUUCACUGGGCCGCACGGGAUGCCUCCCACCCUCGCCGGGACACACCGGCCAACAAGCAGCGAACAUCUCGGGUGGUGCGCUUCAUUCAACCCCAGGCAACACUGUGCUCAGAACCCCCGGAACUGAAGGCCCGCAGGGUGAGAGAGGUGUCCUCCGGCGAGAUGUCAGCCUCUUGCCUCCCAACAAUCCCCACCGCCUCGCUUCCCUCCAACGUGGGUGUCAGAGAAGGAGGGAAACUUCUUUUGCACUGUCGAGCUCUCGCAGAUCCACAGCCACAACUUUACUGGGUAACUCCGUCGGGGUUGAGACUUGGACCUGCUUCGGGCAACGCAUCUGAGGGAGCACCAGCCUCUUCCGUCACAGCCCCUGAAGGAAUCGCCGAGUCAAGUGCUUCCAGCGACUCCCCCAGGUGGUCCCAAGGUGAUUUUGCCACCAAACGCUACUGGCUCCUGCCUGAGGGAACUCUGGAAAUCAGAAAGGUCACCCCGAGAGAGGCCGGCUUGUACACAUGCAUAGCUGAGAAUACUCUGGGUGCCGAUACACGCAGCGUAACGGUGGCUGUGCAAAGAAGACAGAAGACAAGAAGGAGGGCGCCAGCUUCUGACCUGAAGGGCCCUUCAGUGCUCAGAGUGGAGACAAGUUUAAAAGUGAUGGAGUCUGGAGAACACUACGCUAUAUUGUCUUGGCAGAAUAGGCGCAAUUACCCCUCAACUCGUUUGUCCUGGCAAGCCGUGAGCUCAGACGCACCCGCGUAUUCCACACGCAUUCUUGCUGGCACGCACAGUUUCAACCUGACCCACCUGCAGGCAGGGACAUUUUACAGAGUGUGUUUACAUUUAGGGACCAGCGAGGGUAGCAAGCAUAACAGCAAGAGGAGCAAAGCAAGCAGGAAACCUCAAUGCAUCUCAUUCAGAACCAAGCAAGUGGCAGAGCCUCGGGCCAGCCUGCAGCUCAGCCCGGAGCUGACGUCCACUGCGGCGACACUUCUGAUGAUCCUUGUGCUCAUACUGAUGCUGCUGGCCGGCCAAGGAUGGGACAGUGGAAAGCACCCGAGUGCUCUUUUCCAGGAAAUCAAAAGUCAUAAGUCUCUGGUUAUUAUGCAGAAGACACACGGGAGCAACAAGAACCAGCCAAAGCGGAGUGAGAAACUUCUGUUUCAUCACGACUGCUGAGAUCAUCAGAAAUAUACUCAAUGUCACCUUGUGGAAAGUCACAGCGAUGUAGGAAAGAUUUCUAUUUAUUUUCUAUCGAGGUAUCGACAGCAUAAAUGACAUAGUUUGCGUGUUGAGACACAUCGUAAAGGAUUCCGAAAGCCAAACCCGUUUGAUUCAAACCGGGCUGCGGCACUCACACAGUGCACAGUGAGUGCAUAAAUCCACUAUAAAUUACUGCUCACGGCUGCUGGGCUGGAAAACAAAGAAAACUUGAUUCAGUCCAGGGGCAAAUGUUUCUGGGGUGUUCGUUACAUUUCCUGUCUUAAUGUUUCACAGACUGAACCAUACUGUAACCCAGCAAAUGAACCACUGUCCGAUGACUGAUGCAAAACGAAAAAGUGACUGCCUGUUUUGUUCUCGUACGUCAAAGUGAUCGAUGCUUAGCACUCAGUAAUCUUGGACUACCGUUCUUAUCCGGCCAUUCCUCACCUCACAUCCGAUAUCUUCAUUCAGCAUAAUAUGAUUCUCAAAGUGAUUGUGUGAAAUUCUAUUUUGAGCUAUUAUACAAUAAAUCUUUUUGAUUUA